AUGUUUCUUAAUGCAUCCGACGAAGCGUUUCCAAGUGUCGACCCAGAGCUGGACUCAUGCAGCAACUACACCGCCGCCUGGCUUUGGCUGACGUCUCUACAGCCCAGCUUCCUGGCUCUCACCAGUGUGGUGGGGCUGCUGGGCAACGGCAUGGUCCUCGUUGUCUUCUGCCUGCAGAGGAAGACCUGCACGGUCGCCGACAUCUACCUGGGGAACCUAGCCGCUGCCGACCUGGUGAUGAUGUGCUGCCUCCCGUUUUGGGCUUUCACCAUCACCCAAGGCUACCAGUGGGACUUCGGGGAGGCACUCUGCAAGGUGGUCAACGCGGCCAUCGCUAUGAACUACAUCUGCAGCGUCAUGUUCCUCACCUUGGUCAGCUUGGACCGCUACCUGGCCUUAGUGAAGCCGAUGAGCUCCAGCCGCCUGAGAAGACCCACCUGGGCCAAACGGAUCUGCCUCAUCAUUUGGAUCCUUGGCUUCAUUUAUACCCUGCCCACCCUGAUUUUCCGCGCCGUGGUGUAUGUGGAGGAUCCCGGGGUGAAUGCUUGGAUCUUAGCUUACCCACAUCCCAUCUGGAGGGUUCACCACAACAUCUCAAUGAACGUAAUAGGAUUCCUGAUUCCGGUCCUGGUGGUGUCCGUGUGCAGCUAUUAUAUUGUGACCGUGCUACGGGAAGGACAGGCCAGUCGACAGACCGCAGGGAGGUCAGAGAGGAAAGCCACGAACCUAGUCCUCGCUGUGAUGGCUGUUUUCCUCAUCUGCUGGACUCCACACCAGGUCAUGCGUUUCCUUGACACGCUGGAGUACUUUGAUCUCACCCCCGGGUGUCUUUGGGGUCACGUCCUGGACAUCGGAAUACAACUGUCGACCUACUUGGCCUACAGCAACAGCGCCAUCAACCCCUUCCUGUUCGUCAUCGUGGGGAAGCAUUUCAGGAGAAGGUCUUUGGAGGUGUUGGGGAAGAUCCGGUCCGGAUCUAAAGACAUGACCAACCAGACCGUCAGCUUCACCUCAGCCAACAGGAUCAAUGACAGGCACCGUGUCAGUGUUGUCAAUCUAGAGAAGCAUGCACUCUUCCCCAAAUCCUUACAGUAA